AUGGCCACCUACCCGAGCGCCAUCUCCCCGGCCUCCGGCGCCAUCUUCCCGCCAACAACGGCGCCUCCGGCACCCUUCCUUCCGGCAGCGCCCCGCGCCAAGUCGGCCCCGUCGUCCUCUCCUUCGACACCGGGAAUUACACCAAGUGGGCGAUCUACAUGCGCCUCUCUCGGUCGCGCCGGGCUCAUCGGCCACGUCGACGGCACUACCGUGGCCGCCCCCACUGAUGCUGCAUGGGCCUCCGCGGCCUACACCGUCGCCGACAUGGUCCUCUCCCGCGAUCAGACCGCGCGCCAGCUGUGGCUCGCCGUCCUCGAGCUCUUCUCCGCCAACAAGGCCAGCAAAGCCAUCUACCUUGACUUCGACUUCCGUCAGCUGGUCCAGGGUGCCUCCUCCAUCACCGAGUACUGCCGGAGCCAGAAGAAGAUCGCCGAUGCUCUCUCCGAGAACGACUCCCCUGUGUUGGAUCGCACGCUCGUCCUCAACACCCUGCACGGUCUCGCGCCCCGCUUCUCCUCCGCGGCCACGGUGAUCUCCAUGACGGACCCGCUGCCCACCUUCCUCCGCGUUCGGAGCAUGCUCCUCAUGGAGGAGAUGCAGCAGGCCAACGCCGCCACCACUGCCGCCUCCACCGCCCUCGUCGCCCAGGCCCGCCCCCAGGAGGUGGCGUGCACCGGCCCCGGCUGCCGCGGCGACUCCAACACCGACAAGCUCAGGACCGCCACCAAGAACAAGGGCAAGCCCGGCGGCAAGCAAGGUGGCGCUCCACGGGCAGCGACGCCCGCCCCCACUGGACCGUGGGUGUGCUUCUCCCCGGGGGCCGUGCCUUGGCGUGCACCCUCCGACCCUGGCAUCCUCGGCCCUCGACCCCAGGCGCACUACACCUCGGCGCCCACGGCCGCGCCGGUCUACCAGUCCGCGCCCGCGUCCUCUUCCUCGCCAACUUGGGACAACGCGGGGCUGAUCGCCGCUCUCAACAGCCUCUACGAGUAG